GUAGUUAGGAUGAUUAUAUCACGUCAUAGCAAGUACCAGAUGGUGCGAAGGGAGCAUAUAAGCCAAGCCAUCAACCAGGUUCUGGGAGAAAACGGACGAGAAGACGGGCAUAGAUCAAACAGAGGACCCGGAUACAAUAAGUUGGUAUUGGAUGAGGCUAAACAGGAUAUGAAGGAGAUAUUCGGUAUGGAUUUAGUUCACUUGCCUACGUUGAAGGGGGAUAGUGGAGAGGAAGAACCAAAUAAAAGAAGAAAAACGAAUAAUGAUGGUAAGACUAAAAUCAGUACUAAAUCUAAUGGGAGUAUGGGAUUAGUGAGUUGUUUAACCCCCAAGGAAAAACAAGUGUUACAAAGACUAUACACUGGUAACUUGAUUAGUGAAGUUGAUAAUGAAAGAAAUACCAACGAUGCACAAUUCUAUUUACCGAAAUACUAUAAGCUGAACACUCCUUCAAGCAAUAUGGAGUUGAUAAAAAUGGGGAUAAUUCUAUUGAUUAUUGGAAUACUUAUCAUACAAGAGAAUCAUAUUAACGAACAAGAUUUAGUAAAGAUAUUGAAAAAAUUUGGAAUCAGUGAUAAUCUAAAUCAUAAAAUCCCCAAUCUCAACAUGAACUUGACCGAAUUUAUCAAUGAGUUAAUCAGAAAAGACUAUAUAAUACGAUCGACCCCCAAGAGCAAACAGACUGAAACGACUAAUGGUAGUUUCAGUCUUGGGGUCAGAACGUUCAUGGAAUUAGACCCCAAGUCCAUCUUUGAAAUCAUCAAAGACAUUUACGGAGACAACUUUGAUCUAGACACCAAGAGGAAAACAGUGGUGACCAUCGAAAGAACCUACGGAGAGUCCAUC